AUGGUCAAGGACUGCCAUCAGAGACAGUCCGCCCUUUACUCGAUUCAUCCCGCUCCUCAUUCGCCGGUUGCUUUUUUUCUCAGUCCCUUGUCAAAGGGCGAGUUGCUUUACACCUCGGGCCAGAGUCGACUUCAUUUACACCUUCGAGAAAACACCCCAGCCCAGCGCGGAAACAUUGACUAUCUCAUUUUCAAGCGACCCGUCACUAACGUAUGUCAGGUCCCCAAGUUUCCAAGCACUCUUGACGAAGAAGCUGUCGCAUUUAGAAGCCACGGACUUCCCCUUCUUGUGUGGCCCAGAAAUCGCGAUAAGCCCACUGUCCAGAAAUACUUGGAUGACAACUAUCCCGACUGUGGGAAGUGGUUUAGGGAGCUGGACAAGUGUCAGGGCUGGCUGAAAGAAAAGUGGACACCAUUAGCCGCCUUCCUUGGUUUGGAACUCCCGUCUUCCUUGAACCCUCCCAAGGAAAAAAAGGUCCUGCUGGAUUUCCCGCCUGACUGCGUCGCGGCCACCUACAUUAAGGAGCGCAUUGCCUGGCUGUGCGAUUACUGUAGUCUUCUCGAGUCGUAUCUUGUGCAUCGGCGCAUCGCUACCCCCGGCUUCCAUCACAACCCCAUCCACUAUCAGCUAAACGCCCAGCAUGAGGAGCGGUUGCAAGCGGUGGCCAACGACUCGGGCUUCUUCAAUGUGGCCGGCGAUCGUCUGCUGCAGUUGGGCAAAGCCGCCACCGCCGAGGGCAGGCAGGUGCGCCUGCAGAUCCACGAAAUGGCCAAGACGAUCGCGGACUCGCAGAAGCGCGCCCAAUUCCUGAGCGUCCUCCUUCCAAUGGCUGAUCUCAAAGACGCCCUUUCGCACAAUCAAGCUCCUUCGAAGAAUUCAUCGAAAAACGGAUCCUUCAGUAAAGCGCGAGCAGCCCUACUGGAAGCCCUGGAAGAAGACUCUUCCGAAGAGGAACCAGAUCAAGUGGAAAACAGUGCUGAUGAAGAAGAAAUGGACGUGGAUGACACCGAGAGCGAUGCCGGUCAGAACCACACCGACAAACCCAAGGAGCUACCCGCCGUGAACUACCCGAAUCGACCUGUCUCGAAAGAGAUCAUGGAUAACCGCGGCAUUGUCAAGUACCGCCACAAACGAGAGCGGAACCCACGUGUUCACUUGCGCUACAAGUACAAAAAAGCCCAAAUCCGAUACAAAUCACGGGUUCCCAAUGUGCGAAAAGAGGACGCACCGUACGCUGGCGAACUGCGUGGUAUCCGUGUCAACAUGAUCAAAUCGCACAAAUUUAAGAAGCCCAGAUAA